AUGUGUUUUGGACUCAGAUCUUUCUCUUACCUUCCCAAAUCCUCUCACUGUCUUAAGACGAACCUCUCUUUCUUUCCUCGUUUGCUUCACAGCCACACUUUUUCUUGGAAGCCCGCAAAACACGACUUGUUCGUUGUAAGGUCUACUAAGAGUAAUGAUGAUCUUGAGAGUAGUCGUCCUUUGACGCAAUUUUCUCCCUCUCUUUGGGGAGAUCACUUCUUCUCUGUUUCCCUCGAUAGCGCUGAAUUUGAUGAACUAGAAAGAGAGAUUAAAACUACCAAGCCACUGGUGAGAGACAUGCUCAUGUCUUCUCACAGCAGCGACAAGGAGAAGAUUCGUUUCAUCCAUUUGCUUGUCAGCAUGGGGAUCUCUUAUCAUUUUGAUAAGGACAUUCAAGAGAUCCUUAACCACAGUUUUACAAAGUUGGAAGACAUAAUAGACAAGGAAAAUGAUUUGGAAACAAUCUCCAUUAUGUUUGAGGUCUUUAGGCUAUACGGUCACAAGAUGUCUUAUGAUGCCUUUGAUAGAUUCAGAGGUAAAGAUGGGAGGUUCAAGGAGAGUCUAGCCACAGAUGUUAGAGGAAUGCUACAGUUGUUCCAGUUCGCGCAUCUCGGAACACCCUCUGAAGAUAUAAUGGACGAAGCAAUGAGUUUCGCGCGGAAUCACUUGGAGUCUUGGAUAGGUGGUAACGUAUCUGGUGCUACUCCCCAUCUCUUCAAGCAUAUACAAAACUCAUUAUACAUACCUCGAUACUGUAACAUUGAAGUACUGGUGGCAAGAGAAUAUAUAUCUUAAUACUACGAACAAGAAGGAGGUCACAAUGAGAUCCUGCUCAAGUUUGCAAAGCUUAACUUCAACUUUUGCCAGUUUCAUUACAUCCAAGAACUCAAAACUCUCACCAAAUGGUGGAAGGACUUAGAUCUUGUAUCUAAGUUACCUUACAUUAGGGAUAGACUUGUGGAGUGCCAUUUCGCGUCUCUGGGAACGUAUUUUGAGCCACAAUAUUCCCUUGGGAGAAUAAUAUUGGCUAAAAUCAUGAUGAUUGUGGUUGUUGUGGAUGACACAUAUGAUGCAUAUGCAACUCUUCCCGAAGUUACCGCUCUUACGGAAUGUUAGCAGAGGUACUAUUUACUAUAAG